CUCCAGUGAAAGGUUCGAUAAUUUUUAUGCUAAAAUAAAUUUAAGGGCAACUACUUUUACGAUUUUUACAAUUAGUUGUAAAUAGCAGUGCGUUGGGUACCCCAAGACCACUUAGAACCUGCGCCGCUUCUUGUGAUCUCAACCCUUCCUCCAGGAAUCUCCUUGUGUGGUCGCAAUUGUAGGUGUAUUGUAGUGUGUUGUUUAUUCAGGAUGGCCAAAUUCGAUAUGGACGAGUUCAACGAGAUUCUGGAGAAGUGCCGGGAUCAAUCACUGCAGAAGGAACAAGAUGCGAUACUGCUGGAACCGUUUGCCUACAUCCAGCAGAUACCGGGAAAGCAAUUUCGUGCCAAGAUGGCACUGGCCUUUAACCAUUGGCUGGACAUUCAGGAGGAGAAGCUGGCCGCGAUCGGGGAGGUCGUUCAGAUGAUGCACAAUUCCAGUUUGCUAAUCGAUGAUAUCGAAGAUAACUCUAUACUCCGAAGAGGAAUUCCGGUAGCUCACAAGAUCUACGGCAUAGCGAGUACGAUCAACGCCGGUAACUACGUUCUGGUGUUGGCACUUGCCAAGGUUCACAGUCUGGGUCAUCCGAAGGCCCAACAGGUGGUAACCGAGCAGCUACUGGAGCUGCACCGAGGUCAGGGGAUGGAAAUCUACUGGCGAGACAACUUCAUCUGUCCAACCGAAGCGGAAUACAAACAGAUGGUGAUCCGAAAGACUGGCGGACUGUUCAUGCUGGCCAUCCGGCUGAUGCAACUGUUUAGUGAUAGCAACAAAGACUUUACCAAACUGACGGCCAUCCUGGGGCUGUCGUUCCAGAUCCGGGACGACUACUGCAAUCUGACGUCGAAGGAUUACUCGGACAACAAGAGCUACUGCGAAGAUCUGACCGAGGGCAAAUUUAGCUUCCCGGUGAUACACGCGGUGCUGAAUCAAAAGGAUCGACAGGUGUUGCAUAUUUUACGACAAAGAACGCAGGACGUUGAAGUGAAGCGCUAUUGCGUAUCCCUCUUAGAAAAGCUUGGUAGUUUUAAAUACACCGCUGAAGUACUAGAAAUGCUCGACAAUGAAGCUAGAGCUGAGAUCGAACGACUAGGCGAGAAUCCGAUCAUGCAAUCGCUAUUGGAUGAUCUACUCAGUUGGAAAGCGGUCGAUGCUGGUGAAGCAUCGUAAAACCACCGUUUCCUCCCUUCUGCAACCGCCAACCCUGUACCGAAUGAAUUGAAUCUUAAAUGUAGCAGUUCUAGAUCCAAACACACGACAAGCAAGAGAAGAACAAUUUCCACCACAAAGACGAUCUACUAGAAGACAAGAGCACUCUCUUUUGUUAUGAAUUUUUUGCACACCUUCACAUUUGGUACAACCAGAAAAGUGCGAUUCAGAUUUACUAUUCAGAAAAGAAAGUAUGAACUAUUUAUAUAUAUUUUCUGGUAAUCGUAUUACGUGGAUCGCGAGUAUAUUGUGACUAGCAUUUAUAGGAAAGGACAAAGUAAGAAUGGAGGGAGAUUUUCGUGGGAAGAAUCAUUGGAACACAGGUCAACGGAACGAAGGAUUUCAGCGCGCGAAGGGUGGUUAUGGGUAUGUGGUAGCACCGAACCGAAUCGAGGCAAAAAAAAAGACAUUAGCUGCAGGAUUUCACACUGUAAUUGUAAUUAUUCGAAAUAAUUCACAUUAGGAAUUUAAUUUGACUGGUUCGUUUUCUGUGCGUGUACUUUGUACGAAUGCUGGCUGGGGCUUGUUGCGCGGGUAUAUAAUACUUGGCUGGACUGAGCAAGCGAUUCCUCUUUAGUUUUAUCUAAGCUAUAACUACACUGUAAAAACAGUCAUUUGUUGGAUUUUCGAAAA